AUGGUUGUUAAUGUAUAUACAACCUCAGCUACAACUGAUAAUUUAUCAAGACAUGAAAUGUUACUUUGGGUAAAUGAUUGUCUUCAAUCAUCUUAUUCAAAAAUUGAACAAUUACAUGAUGGUGCUGGGUAUUGUUUAUUUACGGAUCUCUUAUUUCCUGGAAGUAUUCAGUUAAAAAGAGUCAAAUGGAAUUCACGUUUGGAACUUGAUUGGUUAGCUAAUUGGAAAUUGGUACAAUUAGCCUGGAAACAACUUGGUAUUGAUAAGUCUGUACCAGUUGAUCGUUUAAUUAAAGGAAAAUUUCAAGAUAACUUUGAAUUUCUUCAAUGGUUUAAAAAAUUUUUUGAUGCCAAUUAUGAAGGUCAUGAGUAUAAUCCUGUUGAAUCAAGAGGUGGUGAACCAUUACCUAUUGGUGGUGACAGUAAAACUGGAACAACAAAUGCAUCCUCUACCACCAGACAACCAUUAAAAACUCCAUCAGGGAGUAGUAAAACUAUUAGUGGUAUGAGGACAUCAUCUAAUUAUUCUGUUAAUUCAAAUGCUUCAACAAACAAGAAGCCUAUCUCUACAUCAACAACACCAAAAACUCAAGUAACAAAAGGUGUAUCACGAGUAUCAUCUGGUUCUCAUGAUACUUCUGAAAUAGCAAAAAAACAACAACAAGCACCAAAAAUUGUUGGUAUUGAACCAGCAAUUCAUAAUCAAGUAGUUCAAGAAUUGGAAGAAAUUCGCCGUCAACUUAUAGAAUCAGAAGAAGUUUUAGGUUGUAUGGAAAAAGAACGUGACUUUUACUUUUCCAAGUUGCGUGAUCUUGAAAUUCUUUGUCAAGACAAUGAAGCAACCGGUCAAAUAGAAGUUAAAAAGAUUUUAGAAAUUCUUUAUGCAACAGAAGAAGGAUUUUCAACUCCAGAUGAUGUUAAUGAAGACCUUGAAAAUAGUGCAAAUCGUGAAGACUCUAUUACAUAUUAA